AUGUCGACCAUGAUCACCUUCGCCGCCAAUAACGAGUUCUUCCGCAAACGCAAGCGCGUGCACAAGGCAUGCGACUCCUGUAAAAAGCGCCGCAAGCGUUGUGUGCACACCUUCGACGUGGAGGAACCUGCGCUCCAUCCUGAUUCCUCGUCGGCCUCCAACUCUUUUCCUGCUCAGCCAGUUCCUCCCGGUGCGCAGCGCGCAAAUGCCGCCCCAACUUCGGCCGCAGGCUCUUACGAUGCGCCUGCGCCUGGCUUUCCUGAGCCGGACCAUGCGGCAAGGCUUCUCGGCCCGGACGAUGCUCGUCUUGCUCCCGGCUCUCGCUUCAUCGGCUAUGCCUCGCCAGAGGCCGUAUUGCGCGGUCACAUCCGUGAGCAGGGCAGCAAGUGUGGGGGGUGGGUCCCGGCCACUCCAGACGACGAGCCCGAGCCAUCGCCCUCUGCACGUGAUCAUUCAGAAGACGGUGCCGACGCCGGUCGCGCCUCAUCCGAGAGUGGCGCAUCGCGGCUGGACAAGGCUUUACGGGCCUACUUGGACGCCGUUGGUGUCAACGUCGUCCCGCCCCAACGUCACGUGGACUUCCUGCUCGGUAUCUAUUUCGAAUACGUUCAUCCCUUGCUCCCUCUCGUCGACCAACGGCACUUCUACACACGUAGAUCCGCUGGAGAGCAGUCUACCAUGUUGCUGCAAGCAAUAUCCCUCGUGGCAUCGCGCCACGAAUGCGCGCGUAGCCACUUGUAUCUUUCCAGUGACCCAAGUUAUCUUCUCGAGCCCAGAGAAUAUGCCAGACAGUUAUACGCCGCUCUCCUUGCUGGUCUCAAUGCCAAUCUUGAAGAGGAUCGAAUAACGCUGAUUCAGAUUCUGACGUUGAUGUCGCUUUACAGUGAAGGGGUUGACGGAGCUGACCGAGCGUCCAUGCACUUGGUACAGGCCAUUCACCACGCGCACACGAUCGGCUUGCAGUUUGGCCGUCAACGGAACGUCCCCAAAGGCGAAUCCACCGAAAAGAUCUUCUGGUGUCUCUGGAGCCUUGAUAAACUCAACGCCAGCAUGAACGGCAGACCGCAGUACAUGAACGAGCGUGACAACCAAUUAGAAAACUGGACCGCAAGACCCGAACAACGACGGACGCCCUUUGGUAUCUGGCUUCAACUCGCUGGCAUACUCGACAGGGUCAUCGAGCUGUACAGACCUGGGUGCGACAGUCGCGUGACUGGAUUGGAAAAUGAUUUCCCUGGGUUUGAGGACAUCAUCGGUGAUGGAGGAGACAAGUUACGAGGGCCCAUAGUUGCCGCGCUGGAGCUGUUCUAUCACGCUGUGGCUAUGCUAUCCCACAAAUCUCGUUCGAUCACAGACCCCGUCCGUUCCACUCCAUCGUUUGUCCGGCAAAGCCUUUCGGCCGUGCGGGUGAUAUCGAUUCUUAGCCACGAAUUCCCCGACGACCUCCCUCCGCUACCUAUGGUCCCGUACACGCUGGCAUUGGCCAUGUCGGUCGCCUACAGACAGUAUCGCCGGAGCAAACUCCAGGGCCACAAGAACCGUGCAAAAGAGGACCUCAAAACCUGCUGCAGCCUGCUCAACAAGCUCCGCGCGACGUGGUGGUGCGCCGGCUGCAUGGCGGACUUGGGCGCCGCAGCGUUGAGCAAGGCGGAGAAGGCGGAGCAGCGCAACAACGGCAUCCUGGCAGUGGGGGCAGCGGCCGACGAAACGACAACAAACCCUCUCGCCAGAAUCAAACCGAGCAGCGCUUUCCGCAGCGAGCAGCCCGUCACUCCGAGCUCCGACGACGUUUCGAACGGGAAUACGACCGCUCCUACUACCGCCAAGGAAAGAGGAGAUGAGGCGCAAUCGCCGACAUCUUCGACGGUCCGCAACUUGCUGAACAACAUGUCGUCCGCCGUGCCACAGAUGAUGGCGGGAGGCCAGCCGCAGCAUGCGGUGAGUAGCGAACGAUCGGAGCAAACCCGGAUGACGACAGCGACCACGGCGUCCACCGCCGCCGACUUCAACAGUAACGAAUCGCCCGAUUGGCUGAAUUUCGACAAUGCGUUUGAGAAUAUGGACACGCUGUUGGGAAGCAGUGGAGCGGAUUUGUCGAAUGAGCUGCUGAGGGGGUUUAAUUGGGACUUGGAAGAGUUUUCCGGUUGA